AUGAAGUCCUUCUCCCCUGCUGUUAUGGCCCUUCUGGCUGCGUUCGGUAUGGUCGCCGCCGCCGAUAUGUCAGCCUCUCAGUGCGCUUCUAUGUGUAUCUCCAACAUGAACGCCAAGGCCUCCGAGCUUGGCUGCACCUCCGGUGACAUGCAGUGCCUUUGCAAGGCCAAGGACUACUCAUACGGUAUCCGUGACUGCACCGCACAGGCCUGCCCUGACGACAAUACCGAGACGGUUUUGAGCAUGGCUCUGGCCAAGUGCCCUAGCUCCACUAGCUCUGGAUCGGGCUCCAUGACUUCGACUGCCUCUGGCAGCGAUGCGACCACUACCAGUGGAUCUGGUGUCGGCGCUGGUGCCGGUGCGACCACCAUCACCACCACUGAUAGCGACGGCUCAACCACCAAGAUCACCACCACCACCACCGGCGCGACUACCGGCGCGACCACCAUCACCACCACUGACAGCGAUGGCUCGACCACCAAGAUCACCACCACCACCACUGGCUCGGGUGCUGUCGCUACUGGCAGCGACGUCUCGACCACUAUCACCACCACUGAUAACAACGGCUCGACUACCAUGAUCACCACCACCACCGGCACCAAGACUGGCUCUGACUCCACUGCUACCGAGACCUCCGGCUCUGGCGGCGACAGCACCAGCGGCUCUGACUCUGGUUCUAGCACUUCAACUGGCUCCGACUCCGGCUCCAGCUCUGCUCCCUCCACCAGCACGGGCGCUGCUCACCCCAUGGCCACUGUCGGUAGCGGUGCUUUCGGUGCCCUCGGCCUCGCCGCUCUGCUGGUUCUGUAA